UGCAGGGACUUACUGCGCAAGAGGAAAAAGAAAUGGAAUCGAGUUCCCGAAUCAAGAAACCGUACAGGGAUCUGCUCCAGGUGAUAGGGUGCAGAUAUGCGAGGAUAGGACGAAUGCAGCGAUGGCUCGGAAGAUCUUCGAGAGACAGAUGAUUGCUACGGACACUUUACCAAUCAAGGCAAGGCGGGACGUGGUUAGCGGAGCGGUUGUCAGAAGCUCAAGCUCGUUCCUGUUCGAGACUGCAAGAACACAGCUGAGCUCGUAUAUAGGCGGGAAAUGUUAAGAAGACUGGACUGCAAUCGUCCCGCAUGAGGGGGACCAGCAAGAGCUUUAUCAUUUUCGCAUUGGGCUCAAUGGAUGGCAUGUGGAUGUCUUCGCGCCUCCAGAAACGGAACCGCAGCACAUGAACCAAAUGCAGUUUUUGACUCGGUCAGUAGACCCUUGUCAUGGCUCAUGGUGUAGGUUGCAAGCCUCGUCAAACCGCAGGGCAGAACCGACGGCGCCCACUCCUUCACAAUGGCGUCGCUGCGGAAAGUUUACUGGGUCAUGUACACUAUGGCUGCAGAUCUGCCCUUCAGCCAACCAGCAAAGUGACGGUAUACCGGCGCCAGAUCUGUUGAUCUUGGUUCACCCUCUCCGCAUUAUUGUCCGACUUCACUCAACCCAGUCAGGUAUCUCGGAGAUGGUCAUUUCGACAGCAGUCAAUGUACAGCAUGAUACGUGCAAGUACAGUACACAUCAGGAUGUGCCCUCUCGAACCAUGCAACAGCAAUUUCCUUCCGGUGCUUGCUUGUCGCGCCGGCAGUGUGCAUGGUCUCCCCGACCGUUUGGUGUCGGACAUGUCCUAGUGCCAUGGCAGCAAUUGGCAGGAGUCACCGAAGGGAGCUUUCCCACGUUUGUAAGCAUGCCGCGAAGUGCAGGAUACCCAAACUGCUGGGACACCGUGGCAGCCAAUGAAUACCGAAUGGCGCCAUGGCUAGCCAUUGGCGAACGCCACGUUCCGGACAUCUGCGUGUCUAGGCACGUUCGGGGAGAUUCCCCACCAUCACUAGAGGGGGCCGUGCGCAGGGCGACCAUUCCACUUCCAGGUAAAGGUGAAGAUCUUCUCCUUAGAAGGCAGUAGAUGUCCAACGCAGACCGUUCUUCUUCAGGCCAUGUGAGGACGUCGUUCGAAAACCCCAGGAUUGCUUUAGGUUCAGCAAACGCACGC